AUGUCGGAAUCAUGGACUGAGGUGGCACCAACUCCUUGUCGCCAUGGGACAUUCCUGUCCAACAAGGAGAAUGUCUAUUGUCUCAUGAGUCUUGGCCAUCAGAUGGCUGGCUUAGGAGUCCUGCAUGGAUUGAUGAAGGUGUACCCCCUUCUUAUCUCUACCAUUCACAUGCUGAAAUUGAGAAGGUCCCUGAAUUGGGCAGGCAGAUUAGCUCAUCUCAAGGCAGAGUAUUUUUUGCUGUAUUAUACUCCUGGUCACCUGGUCUCAGUCAUGAUGCUUAUUUCUGUCAUUGAAAGGAGCUCAUCAAGCAAUGGUUGUGGAAAGUUGUCCUCAAAGAAGACAAAGACCAUUAAGUCUGAUCAUCAUUCCUUUGUGUCCAUGAUCUUGAUGACCAAUAUAGUCCUGGUGUUCAUUUUGGCCCAGCAUUCUGAUUCUGGUGGAUGGGAUCAAGAUGGCUUCAGAAUCCAAAAAUGGAAUAUUAUAGCCCUUCCUCAUGGUGAUACAAUUACUUGUCAAGAUGAGGAACUUCUAUAUGGAACCAAGGUAGUCUAG